AUGUCUGCGACUGCUGCUGGACGACCCGUCUUGAAAAAUUUAACUCGGGCACGAGUACCCAAAGCUGGUCUAAUCGGUUUCAGUAUCGCUGCUGCAGCCGCUCUUGUAGUAAAACAUUUCGUAUCCGACAAACACAAAGAUGAUAUGCGUACAUUUUACAAUAAUUAUGAUCCUGAACGAGAUUAUGCCCGUAUGAAAGCAUCAGGCGUAUUUAAAAGUCUCGCGAGUGUCGAACGCCCUGCAUGGCUCAGUGAAUAUGAAACUGAACUUGAUCAAGCCAUUGCAACCUUACAAAGCAGCAAAUAA